AUGCCAAUCUCGACAUCCACCAUAUACUCCGUGACUUCGUACAAGUCACCAGCGCAGUUCCCUCCAUACGUCUGGGACGCGUUCAACCUGCGCGAGCGCGAUGCAAAUAUCAUGCUCCCCCACGCGCUGAAGUGCCUUGACAAAGAGCAAUUAUACGGGCAAUAUUGGAUAGUCUGCACCACACAACCCCUGCACGGCUCCCACUCCGUCGACUUCAUUUUGUCUUGUACAACAGGCCCCCUGGGUGAUUAUCCCAUCUUCAUCUUCUCCGCCGUUCCUUUUUCCCAACUCGCCGAAUCAUACAUGAUUCCCCGUAUAGAAGAGAUGGCUUCCAGGCUGCAUCAACUCGUCCCGAACGAGCGGGUUUUCUCCAUAUUCGCUCCCAAGCCCAUCACAGUCGCGUUCGCGAAGCGGUGGUGCAAAUUUACUGGAGUACAAUUCGCAUCACAACCGGAAUACUACGCAGCCACUUUCUCUCACUGCACUCGUCGCACGUUCGUCAAGCGCAGGAUGACCUAUGUGCAGGGGAUGUCGUACAAGAUUCGUCCCGCCGUUGAGGAGGAUCAGGCUGCGAUAGCUCGACUAUGCAGAGAUUUCGCGGCCACCUCGGAGCCGUUCAUCCUGUCCCACGAGGCCGCCUGGCGGGAGGCGGGGAUGCUUAUUCAUAAUGGAAAGAUUUGGGUUCACGAGAUAUCAGAAGGUGGCUGCGCAACGGACAUCGCUUCCAUCGCAGCAUUCACCAGGGAGAGUGACCGUGUCGCAGCCAUCACCAAGGUCUACACCAACCCCCUGUGGCGGCAGCGAGGUUGCGCGGAGCGUCUCGUCAGAGCCGUGACGGAGCACCUGCUGAGGACGAAGGAGAGCGUAGUCUUGUACGUGUCGCACGGGAACCCUGCGGCGAAGGUCUACGACAGAGUCGGCUUCGUCGGACUGCGCGGCAAUGCUGAGCAAUACGAGGGGGUAGACCCAUGGCUCGAGCUUGGAUUUGACCCGAAGGUUACACGACUAGGACAUUGGUGAACGAGAACUGAUCAUUGCCAAAAAUGAACAUCUGACCCCGAAACAAUCUGUAUAGAAUAAGCUUCCACAAAUGUCUCUUCAUUCCACAUCGACCCGUCAUCAAUUCAUAAUUGUAC